AGAGAAAGAGGAGCUCAGUGGUGCUGUGAUGGUGCAAGGGAGAAGGCGUGCGCUCGUGACUCCCGGGAUUUCGUUGUUACCUUGGGGAUUUUUGUGACUCCAGCGGCGAAUUUAAAGAUAGUGUCCAGGAGGGAUGGAUUAUGCAGCACCGUGCUUAGGGGUGACGCAGGAGGCCUCUGGGUGAACACAGGCGCGGCGACACCCACACAGACGAUGAUGAGGAAUAGUUCCCCACCACAGCGGCCUCCCACCACCACCACGUGAGACAGGCGCCGCGAGUGUCGACAAGUGGUGCAGGCAGUGGUGGUGGUGGCGACUUCUGGUGGCGCAGACGGAGGAGGAGGAGGAGGAGGAGGGGGAGGCGGUGAAGGCGAAGGUGGAGGAGGAGGAGGAGGAGUGGAGUGCUCGUAAUAGUGGCCGCGUCAGGACCACGUGUGUGUAGUAGUGGUGUAGUAGUGGUACAGUGGUGGUGCGGCGGCAGAACACCACGCCAGCACCAUGCGGGAGUUUAAGGUGGUGGUGUUGGGGUCGGGAGGGGUCGGGAAGUCGGCGCUGACGGUGCAGUUCGUGUCGGGCUGCUUCAUGGAGAAAUACGACCCGACUAUAGAGGACUUUUACCGCAAGGAGAUCGAGGUGGACACGUCGCCCUGCGUGCUGGAGAUCCUGGACACGGCGGGCACGGAGCAGUUCGCCUCCAUGCGGGACCUGUACAUCCGCAACGGGCAGGGCUUCGUGGUGGUGUACUCCAUGACCAACCACCAGACCUUCCAGGACAUCAAGGGCAUGAAGGAGCAGAUCACUCGCGUCAAGAACACCGACCGCGUCCCCAUCCUUCUCGUGGCCAACAAGGUUGACUUGGAGCACCAGCGGGAGGUGGUGACGGCGGACGGCAUGGCGCUGGCUCACAUGUGGGGCUGCCCGUUCAUCGAGGCCUCUGCCAAGAACAGGUACAACGUGAACGAAGUCUUCGCUGAGAUCGUCCGCGAGAUGAACGUUAAUCCAGGCAAGAAGGAAACUGGGAACUACUGCUGCUGUGUGCUGCUCUAACGCUGUGCCUGGCGCAGUAGACCCGUGACAGUAUCUCGCAUGGAUGUUGGAACAGCCCAGGCCCUCUUCACCAGUGGGAGUCUCCACGGCUCUGCACAGAAUGGAACAAUCUGGUCUUAUCACAAGUCAAGCCUCAGUCAAGCUUCAGGAGACUGACCGCCCUCAUCCCAACGAGGAUCUCGUGCCAUUGGUUGAUCUCGGACAAUGGCCGCCACAGAGUCUUCUAGUGGACAGCACGGAAGACCCACCACCUUGGAAUCACCGCAAUGCAUGUUACCAUCUGUGUGUCAUCUGGUGUCCUCGGUGUUGUGAUCACUGGUGACACAUUCAUGCAUUCUGUCUGUCUGACAACACAGCUUCCCACCAGGCUACCAGUGAACACUCUGCAGUGUUACUCUCUAAGAUCAAUAUUAACACUAUCUACUGUAUGUUGUCAGUAAUAUCCUGCUUAUCAGCUAAAGCUUUUUGUGAUACCUAAUUGUUGCAGUCUGCAGAUCAUGAUGUAUAGUGUAGUCGAGCAACAUCAGAAGUGUUUGUGAAUUAAGGUCAACUGAUAUGAGUUGGUGGGUGCUCAGAAGUGUUUGGCAACUUGAAGAAACACAAUUUAUGAUUGAAUUAAGGAAUGUAAGUGGCUGGUUCACAAGUAAAUUACUGUGCAAUAUUUUGAGUAAGGUUCUCUUGGCUAUUUGUCUUGCGACAUUUUGUGCUGUAUUAGCAGCAGCAGCAGCAGCAGCAGCAGCAGCAGCAGUGUACUGAGUGAGUGACAGCCAUGCACGGUACUGGCACUGGCUAGAGGGACCUACAGUGACUCAACACAGGGAGCUGAGGAGUUCACCACCCAUGUGAUUAUGUGCUUCCCUCAUGCUCUGUAAAUACAUUAUGUGCUAGUAACACAAUUUAAGUUUGAAUGCAAUAGUCUUUUUUUAUUAGUUUAUUGUAAUAAUAUUCAUCAAUAUAUAUAUAUAUAUAUAUAUAUAUAUAUAUAUAUAUAUAUAUAUAUAUAUAUAUAUAUAUAUAUAUAUAUAUAUAUAUAUAUAUAUAUAUAUAUAUAUAUAAAGAUUUCAUUGUCUCAAUCCCACCAAAACUUCAUUGCCUGUGCAAAACAUUUUGUUGUCGACAUGAUAUUUAAAAAUCUCCAACAUCAUCUUUUGAUCUUUAGCGGAUAAUGCACAGAAAUAACUGUCAUUUUUGCCUAUGUUUUAUAAUUGCAUUUAAAGUUUGCUUUUUUUAUUUGCACAUGCUUUGAUAGGACUAUUAGCAAUAUUUACCAAUAGCACUCAUUACAUAACCCUGGGUGUCAAAGAUGCAAACUACUAGGAAGUGGAAACUUAUCUUCCAACAUGCAUUUCACGUCAAUAUCUUGAUAUCUAGUGAUAAUGACAUAAUACUAUAAAAUAUAUAUAUAUAUAUAUAUAUAUAUAUAUAUAUAUAUAUAUAUAUAUAUAUAUAUAUAUAUAUAUAUAUAUAUAUAUAUAUAUGAGAAAUGAUGUAUACCAAAGUUAUGUCAAAAUACAAGACAAUUAUGACAGCAGACUUAGCUCUACUUGUAUUUACUAUUGUGUUGAUUGUAUAAGAAUGUCUGAACUUAGGUUGAAAAUGAAGAUGCACAUGUUACAAAAUCUUUCCUCACAUUUGUAUAUCUGCUGAUUUCUCUCCCUGCUUUGUUUUCCACAAACUUGCCGCAGGCCGCGUCUUGCCUGGUGAAGCCGCUAAGUCCUCACAGACUCGCAGCAGGAACGUCCUUCUUUAUCAAGUCCAUCUCAUAUGUACAUACUGCCCUUUGAAAACUGAAGUGAUGUAUAGGUACAGAGGGUGGCAUUACUUAUUGGAGCCACCCACUGAAGCAUAGUUUUGUGUCUUAUUUUGCUUCCACUUGUGUGUACCCAUUUCACUGCAGUAUACAGUGAAUAUAGUGCCCAGACAAACCUGUCAUGAUGUUCUGUCAGAUCUGUAUGCUUCAAGUGAAAGAUUGUAUCAACACAGGAAGUGAGUAAAAGAUUUGCUCUUCAAUGGGUGGUGCUAAUGAUUAGACCAUCCAGUGUAAAUAUCCAUCAUGAUAAAUUAUUUUAGACAAGUGGGUAUGUGUGUGUGGGGUUGACUUUGUGGAAGUGCACACACAGGUCAGGAACCCCUGAAAGGUGCCAUCACACAGCUGUGCUGCCCAGCCAGGACAGCACACUGAGACAAGGGAUCACUUUGGGAAACAGUCACUUGCUUUUCUUGAUGUAAAGAGUCUGUUAGCUAAAACAAAAUCUUCCUCCCCCAGCAUGUCAUCUGAACAGAGUUGACCUGUCAGCACAAAAGAUAAUUUUGUGAAAGAAUGAGAGAGAUGGAAUUAAUGAAGUGAGGAGUGAGAGCCUGUAGUAAAGUUUCCUACACAAAGGACUGCCAGUCCUGCCACCUCAAGUCCUUGAAUGUUGAUGUCAAUUCCACCUCAUUCUGAUUUGUUAUGUUUUGCUUUCAGAAUGAAGGAAAAUGUAGUGUUAUUUUUAGUUAUCCUUACAAAAAUGGGACAAGCAUAAGGUUAACUUACUGUUUGUUACUUUCUGAACUUUGCUGUGCAUUGCUCUGAAGAUAUUGUAAUAUCAGUCAUUGAGUGUUGCUCUUGGAAUCAGUCAUGUAUAUCCGGAUUCUUCCCUGAUUCAUAACCGUCUGCAGGAAGAUCUCUGGUUCUUAAUAAUGUAUAGCGAGAUGAAAACCAUUAGGAAACUAAAGUGUCAAGAGAAGACUUAUAAUAAAGCAAACAAAGUCAGGCUGCUAGACUAGAGGAAGAAGUCCCUGGUGAGCACUUUACCUUGGUAAUGCAGGAAUUGGUGUCUGCAUGGUGGUGGAUCUAACAAAAUCCCUUGUGCUGUGGUCUUGAGAAGAGUCAGCACAUAUCCUACUCUAGAUCCCCGUAUCUUAACAAGGAGGGUAGUGGCACGUCCUCUUAUUACUAGUGUUUACAUCAUGUCUUGCGUCUCUAAUGCUCAUAUCAUUUGAAUUAUAAUCUAUUCGAAUGAAUGUAUAAUUAAUUUGUUAUAAAAUAAAUGUAUUUUUAAAUAUGUUGAAUACC